UGUCUCGAGUGCUUGAUGCCGCUUUGAGAGGGGCCAAUGAUGGUGUUGAGUGAGCUCUCCAUCAACGCAGACAGUACAUAACUCCCGCUUUCAGGCUAAUAUCCCAUGCAUACCCGUACUGGCUUGGCUCUUGGCGCCUCAAGUGGGUGAAGCCCAAUUGGGAAACCCGAAGCAUCUUUCGCCUUGGUUGACGAGAUCGGAGAAUAUCUAAUCCAUGGACUUCAACAUCAUUAGCAAGCACCAAACAACACCGUCAAAUACAGCAUACAACUGCUUCACUUUCAAACAACCACCACUCUUCUGAGUCUUCCCACAACCAGCUUCACCACACAGCCCACAACGAAACAGCCAUCAUGCCCCGCCCACCCCUCGCCCAGAAUCGCACCAUGACGAUUCUCAACGCCGCCAAAGCCGGCGGCUACGCGGUCCCCGGCAUGUGCUGCUACAACAUCGAGUCCAUCAUUGCGACCGUCCGCGCUGCCGAGGCGGCCCACUCGCCGGCCAUGGUGUUGCUCUUCCCCUGGGCGAUACAGUACGCGGGCGACGCGCUGGUCAAGGCAGCCGCCGAGGCGGCGCACUCGGCGUCAGUACCCGUCUCGCUACACCUCGACCAUUGCCAGACGCCCGAGCUGGUGCGCCGCGCCGCCGACAUUGAGGACGGGUUCGACAGCAUCAUGUGCGACAUGAGCCACUACGAGAAGGAGGAAAACCUGCGGUUGACGGCCGAGUUAGUUGCAUAUUGUCACGAGCGGGGCAUCGCGGCCGAGGCGGAGCCCGGGCGGAUCGAGGGCGGCGAGGACGGGGUGGCGGAGACGGCCGAUUUGGAGGGGUUGUUGACGACGCCUGAGGAGGCUGAGGAGUUUGUGGCGACGGGGAUCGAUAUGCUGGCGCCCGCGUUUGGGAAUGUGCAUGGCGAGUAUGGACCGCGGGGCAUCCAGCUCGAGUAUGACCGGCUACAGGCCAUUAAUGAGAGGGUCGGGGAGAAGGUCAGGCUGGUGCUGCAUGGCGCGGACCCGUUUGAUGAGGGCAUCUUUCGGAAGUGCAUGGCCGGCGGGGUGACGAAGGUGAAUAUCAACAAGGGCAUGAACAAGCACUAUGCGAGGGUGCAGGAGGUGAUGAAGGGAAAGCCCUUGACCAGCGUCAUUGAGGCCGGCACCAACGAGAUGCAGAAGGCCAUUGAGCAGUACAUGCACUGGCUUGGGAGUGCCGGGAAGGCGUAGGCGCAGCAGGUCUUGGGAUGCCCUAAAAGAUGUUUGCAUUCAGAUGUAGAUGGAAAGUUGUUAAAAAGGAUGGUUUCAGGAACUGGUUCGCAAUCUGCUUGAUUUGAACAAUUUAGGAAGCAAAACAGACAGUCGAGAAGUACCGAAACUGCCCGCAGCG